UGAGGGCGGGCUCGGUGUGGAUAAGCAGUGAGAGCGGGCAGCAGUCUGUGCCAAUGUUUCAGCGGCUGCAGCGGAGCGAGUGUCACUUUCUGAGCUGCUCCUAUCCAGAAUGAUACAGAUUUUGGAACCCCGCUCUCUCCCACGAUCCAUAAUGCCUGUAGAUGUGGCAGUUAGGAUAUGCCUAGCACAUUCUCCACCGCUAAAAAAAUUUCUCAGUCCCCCUGAUUGCAGGGGAAGAAAUUUUGUGAACCGAUAUAAGCCACUAAGACCAUGCCUCAGUCUGAAAAAGGAAUCUGAUUUCAGGAGCAACGAGUGGAACCGCUCAAAGUCUAGAAACAAAAAGAAGGUCAUCUUUGCUGAUUCCAAAGGACUUUCCUUAACUUCGGUGCAUGUCUUCUCAGAGUUUAAGGAUGAAUCUUCAUUAGAUCUUCAGUUUGACCUGAUAGACCUAGAAGAUAUAACAGCCAGUUUAAAGCUGCAUGAAGAGAAGAACUUGAUACUGGGAUUCACUCAGCCUUCAGCUGAUUAUCUGCAGUUUCGCAAUCGCCUUCAGAAGAGUUUAGUCUGCCUAGAAAAUUGCAGCCUUCAGGAAAGAUCUGUUGCAGGUACUGUCAAAGUAAAAAACCUGAGCUACAAGAAAUCUGUCAAGAUUCGUAUCACCUUCAACACCUGGAAAUCAUUUGUAGAUGUUGAUUGUGUCUACAUGAACAACGUCUAUGGAAGCACUGACAGUGACACAUUUUCCUUCGUCAUUGACAUACCCCCCAACAUUCCCAGUCAUGAGAAAAUCGAAUUUUGUAUAUCCUAUGAAAGUGAAGGGCAGGUCUUCUGGGACAACAAUGAUGGACUGAACUACUCAGUGACACGUGCAGAAUGGAAAUCAGAUGGUGUGCACACACCUACCCCAACUAAAACAGAGAUUGCAUCAUAUGACUAUAAGAAGAAACCACAAAACAAUGACUUUGAUCAGUUUGGCAGCCCCAGAACAUCUGCUGGUCUGUACCCCGAAUGGCAAAGUUGGGGUAAAAUAGGAGGAUCACCUUACUGGUGAAGAACAUUGUUGAUGUUCUGCUUUAUUCAUUCUCAUCGAGACAUCUCGGUGCUGAUGAGACAUCAUUUGCAAACAAACAAAUGAAAUUCUUCAAAUAAAGUAACAGUGUAAGGAAAGCUGAUAGCUAUAUGUUCACAGCCAUAGCUUAGGACAGUACGCUUUUCACAAGCACGUUGUCAAAACACCAUAUGUACUGCCUUUGUCCACCAUAGAAAUAGAGCGCUCAGUGCUGAUGCCAGCUGAAUCUCUGGCGUUAGUCAUAUACACAGAAUAUACAUUUGUGUAAGGCUAAUAUGAUGAGCUAUAAACACAGCAGCUUGUAGUAACCCAUAUGAGGAUAGUUCUUACAAAGAGGGCAUCGGAUAGAAUUCAGGACACCCUAAGGAUAUGACAAUGAAGAUUUUCAUUCAUCCAGGUCAUGGUAUAUCUAUUAUAAGUAAAUACUUAGACACCCUAAGGAGUUUUGCAGAUAUGUGUUUUAGGAUGAAUUUAUGGUACGAAAUGGCUAACGAUACAACCCCUGAAGGUUGAAAAGCUGAAAAUACAAAGAGACUGUCAAUGCAAUACUUACAUAAUGAUGUUUGAGUUGCUAUCAUGUAUUUCUAGUGACCUGCCAGUAAGCGCGAAACGCACCAUACACUUCGGAAAGUAGUGUUAGGUUUCAUUUUAAAAGCUGGACUUUUAAAACCUUUCACAGACUCAGUUUAAAUAAUGUAAGAUCAUACAAGGUGGCUCAGAGAUGUGCAACUGGUAUCCUUGUAGCUGUUGUUAUACUAUAAUUUCCACUAAAUAAUACAACAGCAACCAAUGUAUCACACUUUGGACAUCCCUAUCAAAAUUUUUAUGGAUGUGACUAAAGAAUGAAUAAUUUUGCAUUGGAGGCAAGAGUACAGAAAGUCUAAAUGCACUAACCAAUCCAGUGCACUUUUUUUGGUAAGGGAGGGCCCUGCAAUGUUGCUUUAAGCUAUCCCAACAAAUCUGCUUUGAUGUUGUAAAAAGUGCCUUUUCUAAAAGAUUGCCAAAAACCCCUUUAAUACAGAAUUGUAGGUUUCCUGAAUAUAAAAUAGUCAGUAGCAAUGCUGUGCCAUUUAGUAAACUGCAAAACCAAACUGCAUAGUUACACUACAUCCCUUAUAUAUUGUCAAUUUCUGAACUAUUUCCCUUCCCACUCUUGAUCCCACUUGAUGCUAGAGGUGUGUACAACAUAGUGCCAUGCAAUGCAUCUGUCCACUCUGGCCCACUGGGCUCUGGCAAACCUAAAACAAAGGAUGUAUUAUAUUGGAAGAUUACCAGAUGUCCAACAUUUUAGUGUUAUGUGUAAAUAAGGAGCAACCUUUCAGGAUAAUAAUACCCUCAUUCUCCCUGCCCUGUAAAAAAAAAUGCACUUGUUUGUAAGCAAUCUGUAAUAUUCCCUGUCUUCUAUGUUUUUUGAGAUAAUUACAGAAGUCAGAAAAUUCAAUUUCCUUCAUAUUGAAGGUAACGCAAAUCGCUUUUGCACCUUUAUAUGUGAAUUUGGUAUUUGAUAGAAUUGUAGGUUCCUUAAAGGAUGAAAUGAUUGUAGUCGAUAUUUUUGCACAUCAGAUAGUCAAACCUUAUUUUCCUUCUGAAGAGUAAUGACAGCUUUUUAUGAAAUACCUUUAUGGCGCAGAGAAUUAUGUUUUAUUUUCUCUAUUCUUCCUUUUUCUCUCAAUAGAAACUCUUGCACUUUUUACAUGAAAUAGCUGAGCAGUGUAUUUUUCUAUUUUGUAACUGGCUUAAAUGUGUAUUUUUUGAUGUACAGUACCUUCGUAAGCUGACAAUAUUGUUUUUUGGUGUCAGAAUGAAAAAAAUGAGCAGCGUUCUUGACUGUGAAAUGAACUGUGAUGCUUUUUAAAACUGAUAAAGAUUAAUUGGAUAUUGCUGUAUCCAAUGUGUGAAACGAAAUCAGCUUUAAGGAAUGAUAAAGGUCACUUUAUUAGCACAGUAUGUCAAAUGUUGAACUUUAGAGUGAUGAGAGAGUGAGUUCUAACCCAACAGUCUGUUUUCCUACAAUGUUUUAUCACUGUAAAAAUUAACCUGUUUUACGUAAAUGUGAACUUUCAAUAAUAAAUUAUGUUUUGUAUAAUGA